CAGUUGCCUGGAGCUGUUGGGGCAGCUGGUUUCCCUUUCUUUGAAGAGGAGGGUGAUGUUACUGAAUUCAGCAUACCAUUAAAAUGACAACCUCCUGGAGUGACCGGUUACAGAAUGCAGCAGAUCUGCCUGCUAACAUGGAUAAGCAGGCCUUGAAAAAGUAUCGGCGAGAAGCCUAUCAUCGGCUGGCACUCAAUCCACUGAGCUACACCAGCCAGGAAGCACAGAAACUUCUUAUCAAUAUAUGUGCGCAUCCUCUGUUCAGGGUGUUUGUGAACCGAAGUUUAGCCAUGGAGAAAAUAAAGUGUUUUGGUUUUGACAUGGAUUAUACACUUGCUGUGUACAAGUCCCCGGAGUACGAGUCCCUUGGCUUUGAGCUCACUGUGGAGAGACUAGUUUCUAUUGGCUAUCCUCAGGAGCUGCUCAGCUUUGCCUAUGAUUCUACAUUCCCGACCAGGGGACUUGUCUUUGAUACGUUAUAUGGAAAUCUUUUGAAAGUUGAUGCCUAUGGAAACCUCUUGGUCUGCGCACAUGGAUUUAACUUCAUAAGGGGACCAGAAACUAGAGAGCAGUAUCCAAAUAAAUUCAUCCAACGAGAUGACACUGAAAGAUUUUACAUUCUGAAUACACUAUUCAACCUACCAGAGACCUACCUGUUGGCCUGCCUAGUAGAUUUUUUUACUAAUUGUCCCAGAUAUACCAGCUGCGAGACAGGCUUUAAAGACGGGGACCUCUUCAUGUCUUACCGCAGCAUGUUCCAGGACGUGAGGGACGCCGUGGACUGGGUUCAUUACAAGGGCUCCCUGAAGGAAAAGACAGUUGAAAAUCUUGAGAAGUAUGUCGUCAAAGAUGGAAAACUGCCUUUGCUUCUGAGCCGGAUGAAGGAAGUAGGGAAAGUAUUUCUUGCCACCAACAGUGACUAUAAAUAUACAGAUAAAAUUAUGACUUACCUGUUUGAUUUCCCACAUGGCCCCAAGCCUGGGAGCUCCCAUCGGCCGUGGCAGUCUUACUUCGACCUGAUCCUGGUGGAUGCACGCAAACCGCUCUUCUUCGGAGAGGGCACCGUGCUGCGUCAGGUGGACACUAAAACCGGCAAGCUGAAAAUCGGCACCUACACAGGCCCUUUACAGCACGGCAUCGUGUACUCAGGAGGUUCAUCUGAUACAAUAUGUGAUCUGUUGGGAGCCAAGGGCAAGGAUAUUUUGUAUAUUGGAGAUCACAUUUUUGGGGACAUUUUAAAAUCAAAGAAACGACAAGGGUGGCGAACUUUCUUGGUGAUUCCUGAGCUUGCACAGGAGCUUCACGUCUGGACUGAUAAGAGUUCACUUUUUGAAGAACUUCAGAGCUUGGAUAUUUUCUUGGCCGAACUCUACAAGCACCUGGACAGCAGCAGCAAUGAGCGCCCCGACAUCAGCUCCAUCCAGAGGCGCAUUAAGAAAGUGACUCAUGACAUGGACAUGUGCUAUGGGAUGAUGGGGAGCCUGUUCCGCAGUGGCUCCCGGCAGACCCUCUUUGCCAGCCAGGUGAUGCGCUAUGCCGACCUGUACGCGGCCUCUUUCAUCAACCUGCUCUACUACCCCUUCAGCUACCUCUUCAGGGCCGCCCACGUCUUGAUGCCUCACGAGUCCACCGUGGAGCACACGCACGUGGACAUCAACGAGGUGGAGUCCCCCCUCGCCACCCGGAACCGCACUUCGGUGGAUUUUAAAGAUACUGACUACAAGCGGCACCAGUUGACUCGGUCGAUUAGUGAGAUUAAACCCCCCAACCUCUUCCCGCUGGCCCCCCAGGAAAUCACACACUGCCAUGACGAAGACGAUGAUGAGGAGGAGGAAGAAGAAUAAGGAAGAAAACCAAAACCCUGAGCACCCAUUAAACACGUCCUGGCAGGACUCACAGGAGCAGACCAUGUCCCUGUCUGGGUUCUGGCGGGAGGGGGGCACUGCAUUAAAGGUGUUAUCUGAAAAGUUUCUGAAGACCUUAAGACGUUCUAACCGUAGGGAGGUACUUGUUUUAGUUCCGUGUGUCUGCACUCUGCACCCGUGGUUCCGAGUUGUCAUGGAAUCCGCACCGGAGAAGCAAGGGUAGCGCCAGCUGAGCUGCAUGCAGGCGGCUCUGGCGUGGCUUGGGGCCCUGUCUCACCAUUGGUGUGCCGGGGGGUCUGCAGUGGAAGGAGGAGGGUGGAGAGGGGACCCCCAAGUGCUGUUUUGUUACAAACUGUGCUCUUCCUCCCAAACCCAUCUUUUCAGUGCGUCAUGUAGCGCUGGGCGUCACUGGAGAAAACACACGGUUUCCAUGAUCAAACGUGUCUUCUGCCAGGUUCCUUUUACAAGCUUCUGUCUGAGUGUCCUCAGCGACUGGUGAGGCUGUGGUCCGCCGCCGGCUUUGCGAAAGUGUCCUCUGCUUGCUGCGUAGCUGAUCUGGAGUGCACUGCACGAUUUCAUUUUGAGGCAGAAGUCUUCAUCUGUUUCUACAUUUCUGUAAUUGAUACCAAAAAUGUCCCCCUCCCCCCUACAACAACAACAAAAAAAUCUUUUUCUCAUCUGGUGUAAAUCUGUAAAGUGAAUUUAGCUGAAAGAGGACAAAGGAGCAAGCCACAAAAAGGAAAGGAAACUACUUGUAUUACAGCAUAACGGAGCAAAAUCCAUUAGUGUGGGCUGUGCUGUGUGGCCUGUGUCGCCCCAUCCCAGCCCUCAGUGUCCUCUGGAGCUGAAGGCUGCAUUUCGGGGUUCAAGCAGUGGAAGAUGGGGAGUGGGCUCUGCAAGCCCAGUCCCACUGCGGCAGAGCAUGGUCGGUUGGUGUGACCAUGGUCGCUGCGCACGGCAGGGGCCAGCCGGCCUCCCUCCCAGUGCAGUGCGCAGCGGCGCGCUCAGAACAGCGGUGUAGACUCUCACUUUACCUCCAUGUACUCUUCUGUUUUCAUUGUCGUUGCUCGACUUGGGCGGGUAGCUUAGCUGCUCUAGAAUUCAAUAAACACGGUAUUUCUAA